AUGCAGGUUGAAGUCAACCCCAACGAGGACACUGAAUGGAACGACAUUCUUCGCCAGCAUGGAAUUAUCCCUGAGAAGCCCAAAGACCCCGAACCUUUGAUCCAAGAGGCCCUAAUCGAGGCCACCCGAAAGGCCCACGAAAAUCGCCUGGAGGACAAGGAUGUUGAUGAGCUGGAUGAGUUAGAGGACGAGGAAGACGAGGAAUUUCUUCAGCAAUAUCGUCAAAAACGCCUUGCAGAGCUCAACACACUGCAACAUACCAGUCUUUUUAACCAGGUCUAUCCUCUUCAGAAAGUCGACUAUGGCCGAGAGGUGACCGACGCCUCCAACAGCGCCUUCGUGCUUGUCAAUCUGACAGCCCAAGGUGCCAAUGUUGAGUCCCGGGUAUUGACAGAGCUAUGGCGGCAAAUGGCAGCUAAGUUCGGCGACAUCAAGUUCUGUGAGAUCCGCGCGGACAUGUGUAUCGAGGGGUACCCAGAGAAGAAUACCCCCACGAUUCUCGUCUACAAGGAUACCGAGAUUAAGAGGCAGUUGAUCACUCUUCGGGAACUCAACGGGCCCCGAACCAAGAUCGAAGAUUUGGAAAAGCUACUCAUUGAUCUUGGUGCACUGAAGGAGAGUGAUGUUCGUCUCAAGAAGCGCUCGGACUCCAUGGAGGCGGGCGAUGAUGAACUGAACGUUGAAGAUUAUGAUGACGACUGGGAUUAA